AGCGGAGCCGGUUUAGUAGCUGAGCGAACAUCGAGACGCAAGCAUACCCAGCACUCGAGUUCUUCCAGCCGGGUGUGUUGCAUUAUCGAUCGCUAACGUUCGUUGAAAAAGCGAUGCGAAGAAUGGGCAUAUUUCCCAUAAUGGGCAAGUUUCCCAUCAUCUUCAAUCUCUACAAGAAGUACAGUUAGUUCGUAGUCUAUAAUCGCUUGUACGAGACAAGCUGAACCUUUCUGUGGCCAAGCGUCCUUCAGUCCAUCAGUGACAGCUGUAAACAUUGAGCUAAUUCAUUAUUGAGUAUAUUUCCUAAAGGAAGAUUAUUUUGAGGAUCGUUCAGAUUACAAAGCAAACGCACUCGUCGAAAAUCGUGUCGCAGAUUAUGUCGGGAAUCAUGGAGAAAAAAGAUGUGCUACAAAGGAAACCGACUCUGGCCAGACGAGUAUCCGAUAUGUUUAAGGAUGGAAACUACAGCGGUCCACCGAUGCUAUUCCGACACGCAUCGAUGCAAAAGAUCCGCCAUUGCUGCCAGAAUAUGAAUCUGCUGCCGUAUCUCCUCUACUCCUUCGAUAACUCCAAGUCGCAUCCGCUAGUGCGUAAAGUACACGUCAGCCUCAGCCAUUUUCUCCGCGAGAUCACCAUCAGUCUCCUCAUCGCGUAUGAAAAUCUACGCCAACUGCGCGAAAUUCACGUCGAGGAUCAAGACAAAAGGAUCAAGACAAUCGCGAAGCCUGACGAUUUCACUAAACUCACCGCUAGCCUCGGAGGAUUCGAAAAGCCGAAACGCAAACCGCAUCCUCUGUUCCUAGUCGCAGCAGUGUAUCUCGUGCCAUUACUGUUAGGCUUCCAGAUGCUGGCCCUCUGCAGCUUGACGAUCUUCGGCAAGUACACGCCCGGCUUCAUCUUCCUGAUGACGUCGAUGCUCUUCCUCGGCGGCAUCGCGCUCAAGGUAUUGCUACACGAGUCCGCGUUGCACAACGAGAGGAAAAAAGUACAGUGAUCCCACGUCUCAUCGCUAUUUAAAGAACUGAGAGAAUCCGGAGUUUUGUCUGAGUGUUCGACAAAUGUUCGCGUAAUCCGACAAUUUUGUCUCCCAUUUAUUUUUUUAAGAUUUCUUUUUUGACGCAAUAUUUAAUCAUUGAUUUUUACAUCGGUACUCUCUUCUUUUUUUAUAUAGUAUCAACGCUAUUAAAUAGGAUUCACGAAGGAGACACAUCCUUGACAGGCUUAAGUACAAUUACAUUACUUAAUUGCAAUAACGUAUUUAAGUAAAAACAUAAUCUUAAUCUCCUUCUCAAGUAGCCUUGAAGGAACACGUGCAUUCUUGGAUUUUUUAUAAGAUAAACAUCGCAAGUAGUACUUUUGCAUCCUACGUAGCAUAAGACUGAGAGUUGUUUUUAACGUAUAUAUUUGUAAAUAAUAAAA